AUGCACUCCCCUCGAGAAAAAAAAACGAAGUCACUUCGAACCCUAACUCGCACUAGAUCCCCGACACCUGAUAAUCCUUGGCAGCCUUACAAAAUGGUUCUAUCUGAAGAUCUCCUUAACCCUGCCCCUGCUGCUGAGGCCAGAAAGCAUAAGCUCAAGACUCUUGUUCCAGCUCCUCGUUCCUUCUUCAUGGACGUCAAGUGCCCCGGCUGCUUUAAUAUCACCACUGUUUUCUCGCAUGCCCAGACCGUCGUCAUCUGUGGAUCCUGUGCCACCGUUCUUUGCCAGCCAACAGGUGGUAAGGCCCGUCUCACUGAGGGCUGCUCGUUCAGGAGAAAGUAGGGAAAUGGGAAUGUGGAAACCUAUAAUGGAACGUCCCACGGGGUCCAUACUAUCCCAAUAAAAAUUGAUUAACCUGCUUUUUUGUUUUAUUAAUUUUUUUGGGGGGGGAGGGGGUGGUGUGAACUUUAUGGGACGCUUUAUCGUGGGCUUUAUGAAUUUUUUCACAGGUGAAAGGAGGAUGGGACAGUGUUAUUAAAAAAAAAAAAGCUGUCCCUGUAUUUUUCUUAAUUUUCUUUUAUCGGGGGAUUUUUUCAAUUUUUUUCAAUUUUUUUCGUUCUGCGGGGUCGGUGUACUGAUAAUAGAAGACGGAUGGACUCGA